AACGGGGGUGAAUUGACAGUUAUAUCCUCGCCUCCCCCACCCUCUCCUCCUCCUCCUAGCUUCGGAGCGGCCAUUUUCAGAACUCUCGCUGAAGAUCAGAAAUUCAACCGUUUCCGGGGAAAGGGAUCCAAUUCGCUCCAACAGACGAUCGAAAAUGGUUUGCGUUGCUUGUUUGCUUCCGCUCUUCAUGCUCCCAAUCGUCAGCAUAAUUCCAAUACUGUUCGAUCUCAUCAUGGCGAAGGUGUAUAGACUUUUUGGCUGGGAGUAUAGGAAACCUGAGAGGGCUCCUCCGGCAUGCCCCUAUAAACCGGCAGCCAACAAGGAUGUCAAGGUAGGUGCAGAAACUAAUUCAUCUGUUCCAGAAUCUGUCACGAAAUCUUCGGAAGCAGCAGAUGAGAAGAAUUUACUGAAGACUGAAUAAGAAACAUCAACCGGAAGAGGGUCUAGAAAACAUAAUACUAGCUUCUAUCUGCUUAUCUGAUGUAACCGACUUCGAACCCGAGGAUUGCCUCGGUGCUUGGUAAAGAGAAACCGAUAGAGUCUGUACGCAGAAGCUCGUUUCACGGGUCUCUGAAAUCGUAUUUUUUGAGAAUGAGUCUGCGAAAUAGAAACUCAUCAGUUUGAUCUGAAUCUGUAAGUUUUAGAAAAAGUUGUCUUUCUUGUCCAUAUUUUCGUGGUGAUAUAUGCUUUUAUCUAAGACAGUGAAUCUCCGGCGAGAUUCUGUGGGGGCC